ACUGUUUGUUUUUGAUUGGUUGAAAUUUUUCAGGAAAAAUUAAAAAUCAUCCUAAAGGGAUACAGUUUGCAUUUAAGCUAAAUCGUCGAAGUACUGUACGAUUAUAGUGAAAUAAUAGUGAGUGAGAGUGACAAGGUGAGUUUAUUUAUUUAUACAUGUAAAAUUAUGUGAUUUCAGAUGAAUAUGACAGUUUAUUGAGGAUAUCCGUUAUCCGGUAUCCACACCAUGCAUUCUCAACCAAAGAUGGCUGUUUUGAGCCGAAAGUUGUGUUUGGUGAGUGCCUUAUUGGUGCUCGUCAGCGUGAUUGGUGCGGUGAAGGCUGAAAGUGAAGAUGUUGAUGAUGAAGCAAUUGUCGAGAUUGAUGAAGAUGACCAAUACCACAGCCCGCAAGUGAGUGGUGCAAGAGUGUACCUCGCUGAACAUUUUGAUGAUGAAAAUGCAUUCAAGAAGAAGUGGAUCAAGUCUGAAGCCAAGAAACAAGGUGUUGAUGAGAACAUUGCAAAGUAUGAUGGUAGAUGGGAGAUCCAAACGCCAGCCAGGAAGAUCUUCAAGAACGACUACGGCCUGGUCCUCACCACCGAGGCGAAGCACGCCGCCAUCUCCACGCUCCUGGACAAACCCUUCGAGUUUAAAGAUAAACCGCUAAUCGUGCAGUAUGAAGUUACUAUGCAGGAGGGUCAAAACUGCGGCGGCGCGUACAUCAAGCUGCUCUCCCGAGGCACAAACAAUAAGGCGGACCUGCGCAAGUUCCACGACCAGACGCCGUACACCAUCAUGUUCGGGCCGGACAAGUGCGGCAACGACAACAAACUGCACUUCAUCUUCAGGCACAGGAACCCCAAGAACGGCACUGUCGAGGAGAAGCACAGCAAGAAACCUAGCCAACGCUUAGACGACAUAUACAAGGACAAAGAGCCCCACCUCUACACACUGAUCGUGCGUCCGGACAACACGUUCUCGAUCCUGGUGGACAACAAGGAGGUGAACGCUGGCUCGCUGCUCGAGGACUUCACCCCCCCAGUCAACCCCCCGGAGGAGAUCGACGACCCCAAUGACAAGAAGCCUGAGGACUGGGACGAGAGGGAAAAGAUCGUGGAUCCUUCUGCGAGCAAGCCCGAGGAUUGGGACGAGGAGGCGCCCGCGCAAAUCGUCGACCCCAACGCGGUCAAACCAGACGGCUGGCUCGAUGACGAACCCGAGAUGAUACCAGACCCUGAAGCGCAGAAGCCCUCCGACUGGGACGACGACAUGGACGGCGAGUGGGAGGCGCCGCUCAUCGACAACCCUCGCUGCAGCUCCGCGCCGGGCUGCGGCGUCUGGACACCGCCCACCAUCCCCAACCCCAACUACAAGGGUAUCUGGCGCGCGCCGCUGAUCCCCAACCCGAACUACAAGGGCAAGUGGUCGCCGCGUCGCGUCCCCAACCCCGACUACUUCAAGGACGACCAGCCGUUCAAAAUGACUCCCAUCCACGCGAUUGGAUUCGAACUGUGGUCUAUGUCUCCGCUGCUGCUGUUCGACAACAUCAUCGUGACGGACGAGCUGGCGGUGGCUGAGGAGUGGGCACAGCAGAGCUUCGCGCUCAAACGAGCCAAGAUGUCCAGGGACUCGGACUCGUUUCUGGAGCGCGGGCUGAAGUUCGCCGGCGAGAACCCGUGGGUGUACGCCAUCGUCAUCAUCGGCUCCUUCGUGUUCGUCGGUAUAGUGGCGUACAUGUGCUGCGGACCGAGAUCGGACCCAGAUGCAGACAUCAAGAAAACUGACGCGCUCGUCGACGAAGAUCCGCAUCAGUCUGAUGGGGAAGGCGAGGGGGACGCGGAGGGAGAGGUCGAGGAGGAACAGAAGCCGCAGGAGAAGCCCAGCAAGGCGGACCUCGAGGGACCAGACUCCGAGCCGGAGACCUCCAGCACUACUACAGAGGACGCGCCAGCAGAGGGCGCAGGCGCGGGCGACGGGCCCCGGAAACGGAAGCCGCGCAAGGAGUAAACUCAUCACAACUCCAUGGCGGCUCAUUACAUCUGGCGCUUUUGGUAAACGACCGCCCAUACAUUCACUUAUUUACAUAUAUCGGUGGGUAGCAUAGAAAAGCUACUUUAAUAAAUAUUUUCUAUGGUAACUAAGUUUCUACUAUUAGAUAAAAUAUCCAAAUAUUGACUAUGGUAAAAAUACUAUUGUAGAGGAAAAUAUGUGUACAAUGGUCGAUUGUUUUUUUUUUGUUAUUAAUCCUUCAAUAUAGCAAUAUAUUUCACCAAACUAUUAGUAUCAUUACAUUUUACUUCAUAUAGAAAUAAUAUCACUAUCAGAUAGAUAUAAUAUGACAGAAUUUAUCAUCAACGAUAUAAUAACAAAUAUGUAAUAAGCUUCAAUACAUAUUCGCGUGUUAGGUAAUGUACGAGGUUAGGUCUUUAUCGAAAGUAUUUGUUUUCCACAGUGGCAGCACUGAGGGGGCUUUAUUUUGAUGAAAAAUUUUUACUAAUACAUAAAGUCUAUAAUGUAUGAACGUAUUUAUGAUGCUGAAGUUCUUAUAAGAUUUUUUUAGUAAAAAAAGAAUUUUUUUUAUUGUUCAAGUUAGACAGGGGAGUGUUACUUUGCCUAAAUCUUCUCAAAAUUGAAUUGUAUAAUUUUCCUUAAAUACUUUAUUACAACUCAUAUAUUCUUCUCUCGUACGAUAAAUAACAGCAUUUUUUGUAUUCAGUUUCAAUAAUUUCAACAAAAUAAGGUCCCCUGUAUUAUGUAAGCGCCUUUAGAUAGUUGAUUGACGCGUUUUUGUGCGCGUGUUCGCUAUUUAGAUAAUGCAUUUUGUGUAUCCUUGUGUAUUCCCUGCAUAAGUAUGCGGUGUACUAAAGCAUCCUGUUAUAGUCGUUAUUUCCUAAUUCUAUCUAAUAACAUUUAGUCUGGCAACUUUUAACACUUUUGAUAGAAGCAUUCGAGGUUAUGUUGCCAUCAGUGUCUCCGCGUACAUGGUAAUUUACCAUCUACCGUCCAGGAAAGAAGAUAUUACUUUGACCGUGUCUAAUUGACUGUAUUGCUAAUGUAUUCAUUGCAUUUGCUUGCGAGGAAUUCCCAUGAAUGAACUCGAAUUACAAAUUGUUGAUGUUUUUUCAGUUACCGCCUUAUUACGGGCUGGUUUUACUUAAUUUUUAUUCUUGCAACACGGUUAUUCGAUUUACACAUGGAGACACUGGUUGCCGUCAAAAAAUUGCCAUAAUGUUGCCAAAUAGCACUGCAUCUAUAUGUUCUAAAUUAUAUCUAAAAGCGUUUUUUCGCAAUUUUAAAAGGAAUUUUGUUGUAUUUAUAUCGGUGCGUAUGACAAAUAUUGGACCAAAUUACGUUCCAACAUACAUGCAACAAUCAUACGGAUGCUUUAGUACAAGGCCGCGUUUAGUUUGAUUAGCAAACAUUGUCUCGACUUCAAAUAUAGAUGUGUGUUCAAAUUGUGUAUAUCUCGCGUCGUCAUAAUUUCACAUGUGUGUUUCGCACCCUUAGAACUAAAGUGACCUGACUCAAAAUUUAUAUAUUUCCUGAUUUUGUUAAAAAACGACCAUCCAAAGCAUGCUCUGUAACCCUAUUUCGAGAAAAUGACCAAAUUAUUGAAUAGAAGCAGAGAUUCUCACUUGCGACGAGCGAUAAUUCAUUAGCUUCUGUUCUGCUUUCAAAUCUUUUUUAUUUGUUUCCUACAAAACGUCUUUUUUGAGUUAGGUCACCUUAGUUUUAAGAGUGCGGUUUGUACAAAAGAGCAAAUAUCGACAUAAUAAAUAUGUCUCAAGCUAUUUUUAGUCGACUUCUGUCCUACCAAAGAUGCUAACGGCGUAAGUACACGGCGGUGUGAGUGGUUUACGAAUUAAAUAUGUUUUGUAACUAACAAUGCAUGCCAGAGUUCCUGGCCCACCCUGACAUGUCUCAAGUCCAUUAUCAUGUUUGCUGGUGGUAGGAUAUAUUUUUAUAUCUGCCCGGAUAACGACAACCGUACACAAUUAAAACCCGCCAUUGUGGCUCACGUAAGUGUGUCGCGUUCCGGGAUUAGCCUGUGUAUGUCCGGGUCCAACAGGCCGGCAUAAUUGUGUCGACUGACGUGGAGUAAUCAUCUCUCGUCAGUCGACAUUUUAUUGGUACCCUCCUAACUUACUUCAGGUGAAGUGGGGUCACUUUGUCGGGUAAAAAAUACUUACAUAAAUUAACCAUUCUACAGUAUUACUGAAUAAUUUAUGUGUAUAGUUAACUAAAAUAUAACUUAAACUGAAGCAUCUGUCGAACUAAUUAAUAUUAAAAGUUUAUUUGUUCCUAUGUAUACUACUGCCUCUUACUACAUAUAUGUAUAUUGAAAAUGACAAAUCACCCGCAUAUUGUGAAAGUGUGUUAGUGUUUCGCACCGCCGUGAUAUCGCUUUUACGACUGGACCAAUGCGAUGUGAACAAACGAACGGGGUGACGGUAUUAUUUACUUAGAUAUAGAUAGGCGGAAUCGAGUUUGUGUAUUAAACAUACUUUGAUAGUAGGACAUAUAUCCAAAAGGAUAGCGACGAUCGUAAACAAUAUUUAAAUCCAAUGUGUGUAUCCGAAGUGGCCUGCAUAAUUGUGUCGAUUGGCAAGCGAUAAUAUCUCUUAAUACUCAAUGCAUAGAGUUCUGGUUUGCAUUUUGUUGUUUUUAUAUUUAUAUCAUAGAUUAUUUUCUUGUUAUAACAAAGUUAAAUCGCAAGUAAUCUAAAAGUUGCAUAUGCAAACUCGUUCCGUUAAUUCCCCUAUACGAAUAUUGUAUCUGUAAGUAGCCCAUACUUCUCAAAUGAUUGAUUAAUGUAACAACUGUCCCUGUGUUUAUUAAGAUAUCCUGCAUUCUACCUGUAUUCUAGAUCUGUUAGAUAUCUGAAACAAUGUUUAUCUAUCUUAUGAACUGCUUGACAUAUUUUGAUGAAGUUUCCUUAAUUAUUGAAGAAAAUUUGAGAUUUACUUACCGCUGAAUACACAAAUCAUUGUUUUACAUAUUUUUUUAUAUUAAUUUAGAAAUUUUGAUAGACCUAAAAUAAUUUUAUUAUCAACUCCAAAACUAAGAGUUCUUUAAAUUUUAACUGUACUAACACUAAUUUAUUUCAAUAAUAUAUCAACAUAAAUGCAGGGAUGGUUGUGAAAUGUUUAUUUAUUAUAACUACAUAUUAAUUUAUACUCUACAUUGACUGCAGAUCGCUCUUUCUUAUUCCCUAUAGAAAAAUACAAAAAGUACAAAAUUAUAUAUAUCAGUCAAUAUUCAUCACCAACAUUGACUUAAACUAAAACAUACUAAAGUAUUGUCAUGUUAAAAAUAUCUCUAUGUACUGUUACAAUCAAUACAAAUACACACUACAAUACAAUUUAAUAUUAGGAAUUAUAUCAACACUGGCAUAAUUGAAGCUAUGUUUGAAAAACAAUGUAUGAGUUUUUUGAUUACCUGAUUUUUUAGUCUCUAUUAUUUCUUGAUGUUUGCGCAAUCACCGAUAAAUAAAUGGUGGCAGCAAUAAUAUAAAAAAGUAAAUAUUUUAUUCAUAAAACUAAUUAAAAACACCAUCAAGUGCAGUGUCAUGCUAAGAAGAUGAACUUUCUGUAGUGAAUAAGAGAAAGAGCUAUUCCAAUAACAAAACACUGACUCGAGGAAUCCUUAAAUAUUUGACUUGGUCUUAUUUAUUUUUUUAUAAAACCCAAAGUUCGAUUAGAUUCUUGGUACUCUGUACCAUGUGACAUGGCCGGAAUAGCGUCGUAAUUAAUUUCAUAUUCAUCAAAGAUCUAACAUGUGUACACAACACAGUGCUCAGUAAUAAAAAAAUCAAUCGUAUACAACAAUUAAUUUGUUAAAAAAUCAAAGUUCACAACACCACAAGCACAUAACAUCUCCAGCACGCUAGCACGCUCCCAGCAUUGUUGCCGCGUUUCCCAUUUAAUUAGCGGUAAUGUACGGAACAAUACGGCUCGUGCUAUUGUUCUCAAUUUCUCUAUUGCACCAUACAUUGUUUUACUUUUGCACAAAGCUGGGUGCUAAUUCUAUAGGACAAACUGAUGUCAGUAUGAAACAGAGUCAAUACCGUCCAAUGUAUGAUAUGGUUAUGAUUUUAUGAGCAAUAUGGCCGUGUACCAUCAUUGAGAAAAGGUAUAGCGACGAUAUAUUUAAUUAACAAAAAAAUAAAAAGGCUACUCAAGUUUUGUAAUAUUUUUAAUGUCAUUUUAAUUCAAACUCUCCUUCAAAGGCAAGUGAAAUCCCUCGAGUCAGUGUUCUUGUUAUCGCAGUCAUUCUGUUAUUAUGUAAGCAGCAACGGUUGCCGGUGGCCAGUUGCAAUUGUCCGCCGGCAGUCGCUGCGUUUGUGAAAAGCAUUUUAUUUUCGUCCGUAAGACUAUGUGUGAUAGGUAAAUGUUAAUGAUUAUUAUUUAUAUGAAUAAUAAACUGAACUAUUUGUAAUUGU